UUCAAUAUUCCUAUCGGUGUGUUUAACGGACUCAUUAUUGGGUGUCAUCAACUCUAGACUUGGCAGUUUGCUCGAAACCAAAACGAGGUAAAGUGUGUGUUAUCGUUUAUCAGGUACAUUUGUAUACACUCGUUAGCGGACUCGGUGGAAAUUUCCACUCGUUUUUAUCAGUCUGCAACUGUAGCAAAGGAGAGCAUAAAAGAAUAUGGGCAUGGUGAAGCAACUCUUCUAGCUAGGAAGCAGAAUAACGAUUUGACAUUUGCAUCACAUUGGAACUCUAUUCAAAAAUUUGACUAUUUGAGCGAGUGGGGCUUCUUGUUGUUGUCUGACGUCAGCAAUUCAUUUCUGUGAUGGUGAAAUCGUUGGAACGGAGCCAAAGAUAAUCUCCAACUUCAAACACACGGUGGUCCCAUAAGAGAAAUAUCUGGAUCUAAAAGCUUUCGCUGAAAUAUUUGCAGCCCAAGGGCAAGUGGGGGUGUUAUCGGAUUCUUCAAAUUCACCCUAGCAACGGAAUUGGAAUACAAUACACUAUCUCAUCCUUUUUGAACAGUGUUGCAUCUGAUAGAUAAUUCUAACCUGAGAUCCGUUUCUGCCUACAUCAGGCUUCAUACCAACUAGCGGCCAUUGGAAUGCAUUUUGUCUUGAUGUGACAUUUGUAUUUGUGGUGACCUUUAGAACGUAACACACUGUUAGCCGUACCUCACUGCAGCGAGUCGGACAAAAGUGCUGAGCAACUCGGAGACAGAAUUCAAAGGGAAGCUAACAGUUGUUUUCUUGCCAAAGCAAUCGGUAUUCUUGCUGUGUCAACGUCGUAGCCGCGCUAUAUAAUAUCUACAUAAUUGGAUUCUGUGACUCAUUUCUGGCUUGAUUUGGUCUUCUGCGUCUUAACGUGACUUGCCUCUCCAGACUGUGAUUAUCAUGAUGCCAACAAUGAUGCUGGAGAAGCCGCGGCUUGUAGAAAGCGUGGUUGCUGAAAAGUACGAGUGGAUGUUAGGAAAUGGAUUACCGCCUCAUAAGGGUGAAAUGGAUGGAGCCGCCAAGAAGGUCGUCGACAAUGUUGUCGCGGGCGACAAUUCCUCCGACCAAGAAUCGACUAUCAGCCAAGACGAGAACAAGGAUCGGGGCAACUGGUCGGGGAAAUUGGACUUUCUUCUCUCUUGUUUAUCAUAUGCCGUCGGUCUUGGAAAUUUGUGGCGGUUUCCAUAUCUAUGUUACAGCAAUGGAGGAGGUGCCUUCCUCAUCCCCUAUGUUAUCAUGCUGACCUUCACUGGUGUGCCGUUGUUCUUCAUGGAGCUGUCGUUCGGCCAGUACGCCAGCUCUGGCGUUGUGUCCAUAUGGAAAAUCUGUCCGCUCUUCCAAGGUAUCGGAUGGGGCAUGUUUAUGGUGUCCUUCUUUGUGGGCAUCUACUAUAAUGUCAUCAUCGCCUGGACGCUGUAUUACAUCUUCGCCUCGUUUACGGCUCAAGUUCCGUGGGCCACGUGCGACAACGAAUGGAAUACGCCUGCGUGCAGUCUUCUUGGAAUAGCCGAAGCAAGGAAUUGCACCAAUUACAACGGGACGUACUUCAACCACACGUGUUUCACGAUAGAUGAGUAUGGGGAGGAUAUGUUUUACCACGUGCAGAACUUGUCGAACUUGACAGAAGUGCCACAGCCAAAGAGUCCAAGCGAUGAGUACUUCCAUAACUAUGUCCUAGACAUCAGUGAAGGUAUUCACCAGAUGGGGGGCCUCAGGUGGCAGCUUGCCUUAUGUCUGCUCCUGGCCUGGGUGCUCGUUGGGUUGUGCCUUAUCCGUGGGAUCAAGUCGUCAGGAAAGGCCGUGUAUUUCACUGCCACUUUUCCAUAUCUUGUUCUCAUCGUCCUGCUGGUGCGCGGGGCCACGCUUCCCGGCUGCCUCGAUGGAAUUCUAUUCUACUUGACACCGGAAUGGCACAGACUUCUCACUGCCAAGGUCUGGGGCGACGCGGCCGUGCAGAUUUUCUUCUCCUUGUCACCGUGUUGGGGCGGACUCAUCACUUUAGCGUCUUACAAUAAGUUCCAUAACAAUGCUCUCCGGGACUCAUUAUUUGUUGCCGUCGGCAACUGCUUGACGAGUAUCUUCGCCGGAUUUGUGAUCUUUGGCAUCAUUGGUUACAUGGCGCAUGAACUUGGCGUCGGUGUUGGUGAGGUUGCACAACAAGGUGCCGGACUCGCGUUCAUCGUGUAUCCACAGGUGGUGACGAGGUUGCCAAUCUCUCCCCUAUGGUCCAUCCUCUUCUUCUCGAUGUUGCUGACCCUCGGACUCGGAACUCAGUUUGCAGUUGUCAAUACAGUCCACACGACAUUACUGGACCGCUUCCCGAAGAUCCUACGUAAAGGAAAACGCCCGGCAUUUACGCUGGUGGGGAUCUGCCUGGUGUGUUAUCUGAUUGGUCUAGGAUGUUGUUCAGAGGGCGGCAUGUACCUACUACAACUGUGGGAUAACUACGCGGCCACGUACAGUGUCUUGAUCAUCGGGUUUACCGAGUGUGUUGCUAUCUCAUGGGUGUAUGGUGUCGAAAGGUUCAUGGAUGAUAUUCACUGCAUGUUGAAGACCCAUCGGCCGUCAAUCUGGUGGAAGAUUAUGUGGAAAUUCGUCACUCCUCUCAUUCUGGUGUUUAUCAUCAUCUUCACCUGGAUCGACUUCAAGCCGUCAAAAUACGGCACCCACGUGUUUCCUGCCUGGGCUGACGCGAUUGGCUGGGUGAUCACGCUGGCUUCUCUCUUGCCCAUCCCGGCCAUCGCCAUCUAUAAGGUGGUCAGAUAUGAAAUACAAGGUCGAAACUAUUGGGAGCGUGUCAAAUCUUUGUGUAGUCCAACAGGCGACUGGGGACCCGCACUUCCUGAACAUCAGUUGGAGCGUGUAAAAUACGAAAGUCAAGGCCAAAGUCAGGAAUCGGAUUCUUCGUAUUUUGAAUCUCAACUACCUCUAAGUAAAAAUUAUGAUGGCUCCAACGGCUCAAAUGGUGUGAAUUCAUCAAACAAUAUUGCAAGUAACGGACUCCUGAAUAAUACGCCAACUGUCCAAGAGGGGAGGAAGCAGGGAGAGACGUCUAUAUGAGCAUCAGGCCCGAUGCAGAGAGAACGCUGUUGGAUUCGAGCUGUUUCUGUGGAGGAUGUGACACGGAGGCUGGCGUAUGUGACCUGGGGUGGUAAAGGGGAAAAAGGAUCUCUUGGGAGGAGUUCGUGUGAGCACGUAGUCUCAAGCAUGCAUGAACUUCGUGAGGUGUAGGCCAGCGAGGAGUGGCGCUCCGUGGAUGCAGAGCAGGGAGUUUAUGAAUGAUGAUUCGCUCAAGCAUUUUGUGAUAAACACGUAGAUUGUCUUUUGUCGACACGGAAAUAACAUGAUCCACAACGCAAUUUGUGAUAUAGGAUAUCUAGUGUGUGCCGUUAUGAGUUCUCUUGUCUCAUGAGCGGCCGCUAGUUUUUUUGCACUCUGAUAAAAUCUUCGCAAUCCUACGUGGUGGAGAGGACUGGAUUAGUGGAACAUGAAACACAUUACGUCCAAGACAAGUCAAGAAGUCUGGUGAAGAACUUGAUAAGGAAAGGUAGAUGUGGAAAAAUUUGUUAAUCUUUACCAAGAAUUGGCAAGUGUUAGUAGUUUUGUUUCGACUCUGUCGUUUUGAAAGGUCUUGGUACAGAGUGAGCUGUACGGCCACCAGGUAGAGCUGUUAGAUGGAGGUCAGGGAACCCCUAUAGACAGGACAAGGGAGUGUAGUUGUGUGUUGGCAUGGCAGCAGAGGUUUAAACUGGUUCAAAUGCAUUCUGAUACGAAGUUGUCCUGUCAGAGUCUGUUAGUGUUUUCAGGGAAGAUGGCUUCAGAUUUUCUUCUGUCUACAUAUUGUUCAGCUUAAGAUCAUUUUGUAUGAUACUAAAUUUGCCACGAACCACCUUUGUGUUGCAGGCAUAUACUCUGCCUAACAACCCAUGGUGCGCUGGCCUCUUCAGUGUGGCUGUGGCAGAGUUCCUUUCUGUGUUUUCUUCAACUUUCCUUUUGCAAAUGGUGUAGAGUAGUCAUAUUUUUCUUAAUCGAUCAUCACGUCAUGCCCAACACAUAUUGUACUCUACGCAUGAAAUUAUACCGUGCUAUGACGCACGGUGCCAUUUAUUCCUGGUGCCGGUCCAAUACCUUGCUCGUGGUGCACCAGCUUGCGUGCUUCGGAGACCCAUGGGGCUGUGCAGGCUGACAGUUCCCAACUUGACAGGUGGUCUCAGGAGAAGCCAGACCAAAAUUGGACAUCCUACCCUAAGGUGUAGGUCUACGGCCUCGUCACUAGGCGUGUAGUCGGAUGCCCACGCACCCUUAGGAUUAAAAUGGUGAUAGGCCAUUAACAUUAAGGCAGUCAAAUGCUCAAAAUAAGAUAUCUAAGCACAGCCUUCGAAUAGUUUAAACCUCCGCUGCCAUGAUCCAGUGAUCAGUGUUCGCCCAAUGUGCUGGCACUUGUCUUCAUUUUAAACAGCAUUCCUCGCUUAUUUGCUGCAUUUUUUGUGAGGAGGUCGUGCUGUUCGAAAUCACCUUCAUACUCCAGUAGAGCUGUAUAUGUAUGUAAAAAACAGAAAAUCAUUAUCAAGUUUUGCCUUGACAACAAUAGUAUGCGAUAUACCAGAAACUUUCAAAACUUAGUCGAGGUAAUUAGAAAACUGCUUGUAAAUAGCCUUUCAUUUCUUCCCUCGAACAGGGCUGUUGCCUAAGAAAGUACUUAUGUCCGUAUCAUCAGAACGCCUGUGUCUGAGGCGGAGUCGUUUCCAUGAUAUGGUGUUUGAGUAUUUACUGUUAGCCAAGAAAUGUUUGCCUUUUAUUUUCGAGUUCAAAUAAUUGAAAGUGAAUAUCUUCUCGAAGUGACAGAGUGUCAGAACUCAAAAUAAAAGAAGAAUGCGACUGAGUUCUCAACUUUCAAAGCUGUAAUUCAAAUUUUACUCUUUCCUUGGCUUGAAUGGUUUCCACUUGUGACGUCAGUUCGAUGUUACAGUCUUGAAAAAUGUUCCAUAAUUAUUCAUUUUGAAAUGUUUAGUGUAAAAAUAAACUCUGUGUCUCUGUUUUCGUCGUAUAGGAAUUUUAAUAUUUUUUUUUGUGUUGUGUUUUGGGAAAAAGUGGAAAAGAGAGCAAAAAUACUAAAUGCAAGUUGUAUGGAAAAAACAGCUGAUUUGUUUUGAUGUAGUCCUAGUUGUCUGUAUGUCCUGUAGGAGUGUGCGAAAGACUUUUGCGAUGUUGCAAAUUACGUGUAAUAACGGAUAUAGAUGAUUCCCAGGAAGUAAUGAAGUGACAACGUCGUGUCAACCGCUGAGUCGGCUGCCAAGUGGGGGGCUGAUUCCAUGACGUCAGACAGUUGAGAACUCUAAUCCAAAUUAGCCACCCAAGUCACAUCACCAUGACGCCAUCAUCUAUAGAUUACAAGCCUACGUCAUUGCAUUUAGAUGUUUAAGAAUAAGACAGCUUCGUAUUCGCUUCAGUUGGAGUAUCUUUCUGCUGUUCCAAGUUAUUGGGCUGCAUUAGUGUAAUAAAUGUGUAUAUGUUGAAAUCUGUAUAGAAUAGAAACGCAAUGUGAAAAGGGAAAAAUCAACACUGUAUAGUUUGUGUGAAGAAGAAAAAAACAUAAAAAGGAUAAAAGUUUCAAAAAAAGUAAUAGAAGAAAAAGUACCUAAAGUCAUUGCAAUAAUAUUGCUUUGAUGAUGGGUGUAGUUUGUGUUGUGAGGCUUUUGGUGAUGAAGAUCCAGGGAAAUCUUAGGCUUGGCGUGAUUUCAAAAGUAUGCCACAGAUUUGAGUGAACAAAUUGAGAGCAAUAGUCAGUGUGACAGAACAUUGGUGUUUAGUCGGAAAAGUAAACUGGCUGUGACAUGACUUUCAAAGUUGUUGAGUUCUGCUUGAGCUCUUGAUUGCUCGUUUCGGAGGAAUGUGUGAAAGUUAGAGAAAAAUGUUGAUGAAAGAACCAGUUUAUUUACAUGUAUCCCUGAUUUAGUGCGUCUCCUACUUGAAAUACUUUUGAGACCGGAGAUUUUCUGUCAAAAUGAAUGACUCUCAAUUAUCAUGCACGUCUGUUGAUUGAUCAAUCAUGACCUAAGACUAGUUUUUCAAUGGGUCUUUUCAGCUGAAAGGUUUAAAUGUAUAAUUGUGUCAUUUUUAUAAAAUUGACCACACAUGUAAAUAUUUCAUUAUUUCAUAUUCAUCCUAAUGUAUAUUUUGUAAUAUUUGAAGCUUUAUAUCAGCUUUUACUCUGGUUGCUGUGGUUAGGAUCUAGAUUGCCCAAAUUAUUUCAGUCUCCCCCUACAGAAAUGGAUACAUGGUUUCCAUCUCUUUCAAUAUGACUUCAUACGGACUUGAAUUGCAAAAUGUGUUUGAGGAUUUUUUAUGGGGAAUUUUUUAGAGAUGUACAUGAUAUUACUGUGUAAUCGUAUUUUGUUAUGUAUACAGUGCUCUUCUGUCAAGUCAGUUUUUUGAAGAAAAAAAAUUGGGCUAAUGAAACAUUACAUGAAGAUGAUGUAGCAAUGUAUUUCAUCUGCAUCAGAAAGGGUGCUAUUUCUAAUAAUCUGGAAAACAGAGGCAUAAUUGUACUUUUCAAGCAUUAACUAUAUUCCAGUUCGAUACUGGGAAACCUUUCCACUGAGUGGGUCCUUCUGAAAAUUCAAAACAAUUUGUUGCCUCUGUCGUGUUAUCUGUGGUCAACAACAAAAAUGUGUGCUUGCCUUACCACAACAAACUUUGUGCUUACGUUGCCAAGAGUUGUUCAGCGUAUGCAUCAGAUGGGUUACGUCUUCACCGGUUACAUGUAUGCACAGGCACUUUUGUCCAUUUGCGUCACAUUGACGAAAAAAUGCCCCACAAAUCUUUGGAGAUUUCAUGCAGGAAAUCAAAAAUAUAAGUGAGCCUUAUAAAUUUUUGAGGAAAUGCCCCACAAAUCUUUGGAGAUUUCAUGCAGGAAAUCAAAAUAUAAGUGAGCCUUAUACAUUUUUGAGGAAAUGCCCCACAAAUCUUUGGAGAUUUCGUGCAGGAAAUCAAAAAUAUAAGUGAGCCUUAUACAUUUUUGAGGAAAUGCCCCACAAAUCUUUGGAGAUUUCGUGCUGGAAAUCAAAAAUAUAAGUGAGCCUUAUAAAUUUUUGAGGAAAUGCCCCACAAAUCUUUGGAGAUUUUGUGCAGGAAAUCAAAAAUAAAGUGAGCCUUAUAAAUUUUUGAGGAAAUACAGCUGUUAAACGAAAUGCUUAAGUUCAAUUGAAAGUUCAAAGUCUGAAGUAAUUUGAAAUGCUUACUUUGCCAGAAUCAGACCAUACAUUGCCAAUAACGAGCUACAUGUAUUUAUAGGAAAAUACUGACCGAUAUUUCAGCCAUUUUAUUGGAUAACAACAGUCACACACACACCUUGUUAAAGUAGUAUAUAUAUUGCACCAUUCGUUAUUUGCAUCUCAGGAAAAACAAUGCAUUUUCCAGUAUCUUACCAGUAUAGCAAAAAACUUUUGUCAGGAACUACGCGUAUCAGCCUUGGUGAUCAUACGGUAAGCUUUCGCCUGUUAUAUCAUGACAAUGGGACCAAUAUUUUGGUCAGGACAUUUACUGUACAAUAGUACAAGUCUCAGAGAUGCUCGAUAGACAGAAAUAAAAACACAUAUUGUCACUUUUUGGUAGCAUUCUUUAUAUUAAGAAAAUAGUAUUCAUAUGACUUGAAAAUAAUGUCUUUGAAAUACACAAUACUUUAAAUUCAGUUGAAGUUGACAAGCAAGUUUAGUUUAAGAAGCACUAAAAUAAAAACUUGAUUAUUGAUACAAUUUAACACAGAGCAGUUAGUUCAGAAAAUUCGCAGGAAUUCAUGCACUUUGUUCGAACCUAUUAAGUUCGAUGGUUGUUGACAAAUUCUGCCAGUGUUUAUGUCUGGCCUGCUUGUGCAGCCAUGGCGGGCGUGGUCAUGUCAAGGAUUGUCGUACUGGGAAAUGGGCCUUCAUCGUAUUUUUUUGCACAACCCUUGUGCCUAGUUUGUUCCUGUGCAAAGUGAACAAUGAAUAAAAUAAAAUAAAAUAA